AUGAAGGCUGUUUCUCUCCGGGUCCUCUUCGUGCUGAGGGUCUUGUGCGCGGUGCCCCUGGCUGGAGGGCAACCCAAAGCACCUCUGAAGUGUUCAACAGAGUGCAGGUCUUUUACAGCUGGGAUAGAGGCGAAGCAGAUAAGGAGCUACCGCAGGACCGAGCCCCGGUGCCCCAAACGCGCCAUCAUAUUUAUUACUCUGAAGUCAAAGGAGAUUUGUGCCGAUCCAGAAGCAGAAUGGGUGAAGAAGAUUGUAUGGAAACUGGAUCAGAAAAAGGCCGCAGCCUCCUCACUUCCACGUGAUGGCACAUUGGCAGUGGCACCAGAAGAGCCCGGUGUUUCUCAGAAACACAUCGGUCUUCGAGUAACAGCUCCAUCUCAAGCCUCUGCUCCAACUAAUUUCUUCCAAGAGACUGGCAGAAUACUUUUGGAGAGACUACAUGUUCCUGCUGCCAGGAUGGAGGCAUCCAGCAAGUCCCCGCCAGCCAGGCAGCACACCAGCCAUCUCCCUGCGGGAUCGUCCCCUGGGACAUGGGAAGUUGCUGCCCACUCUGAAGUCACUCCGGAGGCAAACAGAGAUUCCUUAAAAUCUUCUGCACCUUCAACAACUUUUGCAGCAGGUAUGGUCUCCAGCCAGCCCACCCCAUAUCCCACAGCUCCCGUGCAUGGCUUUGACAACGCCAUGAGAUCUACAGAAGAACCUGUAGGACAUACUGCAAAUGCUGUGGCUGAUGUCCGAGACACGACUUCUCCCAGCUCAAGUUCAGACCCUGUAGCUGUUCCUAAAGGAUCAGACCAUCCUGCACUUUCUACAAAUGAAUCCCUGGACCGUACAAGUGUAAGAGCCAACGCACCAGACACUGCUUCUGGCAGUUUUAAUUCAGAUCUCCCCUCCAUCCUGGACAGCCCAGAGAUUGCCACAGUCCCAGCCACAUCAGUUCCACCAGAGACUACUUCAAUUUCUACUGUAAACUCCACAACUGCCAUAGACAAAGGUCCUUCUGUCCAUACCAACAAGGAUGUCAGUUCCUCUCCAGAUGCUUUUGGUACUACAACAUUUGAUUAUUCAUCACCCGUAGGAAAGCAAGAACCUUCAGAUAUGUUAGUUUUUAGUAGUCAAGCUUUCCCAGGCCAAGCCAGAGCGCAGAUGACUACAGAAAGGCCAAACGAUCUGCCUCUUACCGGCUUCUUGUCAAGAUCUCAAACGCACUUUGCCAUCCCAGUUUCCGUGGUAGGUGGUCUGAUGGCUUGCAGUGUUGCUGUUGUAUGGCUGUAUCUAAAAUUUGGAGUCAAAACAGAAGAAAUGUCAAAAGAAGUAGUACAGGGCUUGCUCUACCAGAAGGAGGGACAUCAAAACAAUGUCUAG